GAGCCGUGAGUAUGGGGUAUGAGCGCACCCUCGAUGGUGUCAUUCGUACAACCGCGAACUGAGAGCCGAGAAAAACCUCGACAGAAAAACUGCAUGAUACUCGUCACGCGAUACGGACGUGUUUACGAAUCCGUAUUAUCGAGCAUUCGUACGCGCGGCAUCCCCGGCGAACCGUGCCGAGAGUGAGAGAACUGUCAGUCGCAGAUGUCCGGCGAAUCGAUCGUGUAACACGCGCCAGCCAAACGUAACGUCGCCCGAUGCAAAUAGGCGGUUUCGUACGCGACGGAUCGAGACGAUUUCGGGACUGAAUCGCUCGUCGAUGCGAGACUCGUCGCCGUGUGUGCCUGUCAAGGAUACGUGAAGAAGGGUUCUUUCGUGGAUACGGCUGAAAAAGGUAUCGAGCAGCCAAUAUGUCGGUGCUUCUGGAGGCGAGGUCUUACAGGCCUUUCAAGUCCUCGGAGGAGUAUCUGAUCGCGAUGAAAGAGGAUCUAGCCGAGUGGUUGAACGCGCUGUAUCCGGAGCUGAGAAUUAACGUUGACAAUUUUAUGGACCGGCUGGACACUGGCGUAGCUCUGUGCAAACACGCGAACAACGUACGCAAGUCGGCGGCGGAGUACGUGGCGCGGCGACAGGCUCGGAAGAUCUCGAUGACACGAUCGAUGACCUCGUCGCUGGCGUUGCCGAUGAGCCAGCUGAGCGACGUAGCCUUCCUGCCGAACGCGAAGGCCGGCACCUUCUUCGCCCGCGACAACGUCUCGAACUUCAUCGGCUGGUGUCGCAACAGUUUGGGCAUCAUCGAGUGCCUUUUAUUCGAAACGGACGACCUGAUCAUGCGAAAGAACGAACGUCACGUGAUCCUGUGUCUUUUGGAAGUGGCGAGAAGGGGCGCGAAAUUUGGAAUGUUGGCGCCGAUGUUGGUGCAAAUGGAGAGACAGAUCGAUAGAGAGAUCGCGGCGGAGAACAAAGCGGCGAACGGCGCACAUUGUAACACUACGAACGAGGAGAGCGACGAUGAGUACGCUGACAUGCAGCAGGAGGAACCUUGUCUCAUAUACGGACCCCAGCCGCAGAUCGUUACUAAUGAUUUGAAGAGUCUGGACGAAAUGGUUCGAGACUUGGUGGAGAGGUGCACGUGCCCCACGCAGUUCCCCAUGAUUCGUGUCUCCGAGGGGAAGUACCGAAUCGGCGACACGAAGGUGCUGAUCUUCGUUCGGAUCCUUCGCAGCCACGUUAUGGUUCGCGUGGGUGGUGGCUGGGACACCCUCAGUCAUUAUUUGGACAAACAUGAUCCCUGUCGAUGCAGAACCUCGCAUCGCUCGAUGAUCUCAGCGAAGUUGAUUCAAAAGGCUGGAGGGUCGUUCGACCUUGGCAGCGCGCAGGUGCAUUACGAAAGAUCACCUCCUAGAACUCGACGGAGUUCAGCGUCGUCGGUCGGCUCGUGCGCAGGCGCGAUGCAGCAGAAUCAGCAAUCGACGCAGCUGCACGCGGCCAGAAGCGUUUCCAGCAAUCGGUCGCGAUCGCCCACGCCCCACCAGCCGCCGAGCAGGCAACAGCCCAGCGAUGAGCAACGGAAGAUCAAUCGAUCGCGAAGCCCAACGCCACAGCGGAAGUUCCUGGGUAGUCCGAGUCAUCAAGUCGAUUUUUGCAAGCAAAGAUCAAGAUCACCAACGCCAAAAGCUCAACUCAGGUCGAUCAGUCCUACGAUCAAGUUGGAUCAUGGAAAAGGUGGAUCCAUUUUAGAUUCGCCGGGUAGAAGUUCAAACGACGAGUCUCGCUCGCCUACGCACCAUGGAAAGCAUCAGGAAGCUAAGGAUGCAAGAAAGGAUCUUCACCAGGAAAUUCGUACGAAAACUCCCCUUCCGGAGGAAUUCACGAAGAAAUACCUCGUGGAAGGCGGCGUGGCUCGUAGAGCAAUGGAAAAAGACGACACACCGAAGUACGAACCGUCGAUUUACAAUUACAAGUGCCGCGAGGAUUCCAGCAGUCGUAGCCCAACGCCUAGCCCGCCAGCCAUUAAAGAGGAACCAGUGUUGGAAAACUUCAGCAAAGACGUGACUGGGAACGUUCAUUACACGAAAUCACCGCAUGACGGCGAGCACUCUGACAACUGCAGUGAAGUUUCAGACGAGGGUUAUCGAAGCCUGGGAGCAGUACAGCCAACCGGUGGAAGUGGAAAUCAAGGGACUUGCACACAAGGAUCGCCCACGGUUGCCGAUUGUCAAAAGCAACCCGCGAAGCCAGAGACAGAGGAGAGGUCCUGCGUAGAAACAGAAAGCAUAGAAACAGGUCUUCGCAAGACUCGAAUCGGUCCAGCCAGUCCUCUUCGUGCUUCACCUUCAAGAAGCGUGGCCUCCUCUUCAGGAGACCGCACUCCUCGUGCAGGUUCCAUCGUCCGUGAGAACAGCAACGUCUCCAAAGCCUCGUCAGGCAGUAGAACACCUAGAGACAGUAACUCGAGCCCGGAAGGCAGUCCUUUGAAAAGGGGAACUAUCAGAAACAGCCUGCGAAAACCACCAACAGGCAGCCUAAGCAAAGCAUCAGCGAUAACAAAGUCCUGUCAGAGUCCAAUCAGUGGUAGCAACACGUGGAACGGUAGACAAGCACGGCAAAGACCAAGCAUACAAUCAGACACCUUUCUAAAUCCUCAAGGAUCAGCCACAUGUGCAACAGCACCAAGUUUCUCAAGAAAGAGUCCAGCUAGACAAAGUUUACCUAGGCAAAGCUCGAACGGAACUGUACAGUAUGAUAGAAAUGGAAGAAGGAUUAAACCAACAACUGGAUCACUUCAAUCUUCACCUACUAAAGUGGCUAAUCCUCUGUUAGGACAGAUACUUCAAAAGGUUGGUCAUUUGCAAGAUGAAAGGGAGGUGGUACAGAAGCUGCAGGAUUUAUUGAGAGAUUAUCAAGCUCAUGGUUCUGUGGAUGGUGUCGCAAAUAUGGAGUUCACCAGGGCGUGGAUCGAUGGUAACGGGACUGUAGCGUUGCCCCAGGACAAUCAGAUGACUGCCAGUCCCAGGAAGGAUCCUAAGCCAGUGUCUGAGAGGGGAGCUUUCUCCAGGAUACCAGCGCCUGUUUACAAGAGGCCUAUGUCAGUCGCGUCUGACAGCGUGUGAGGUUAUUCGAUGGCGGUUAGGAUAGAGAGCCAGAAGGAUGACGAUGACGAUGAUGACGAUGAUGACGAUGAUGAUGAUGAUGAUGAUGUAACGGUGGUGGUGUGCUGGUGAUGGUUAGAAGCGUGUCCACGAGGUCAUCGAGAGACUCGAUCAGGAUGAUGGACUCUUAAGAGAGGAGGGCCUCGUGAAACGCUUGUUGCCGCUUCCUCGCUCGUGACGCACCCAGUUUCAGAGUACCCCGGCGAUUCUGGACAACGAUUGGAUUGAUCAUGUGGAAUGGGGAAAGGUGGCAGAGGAAGUUCAAGGAGAUUUUAGUUGGAGAGUGUUGAUAGUAUUGUUGUUGGUGAUUUAAUGGGUGAAAGAAUGGUAUUGGGUUUUAGUAUUUUUUUUUUUUUUUGGAAAGGGGGAAGAGGUGAAUUUUUGAGGUAAAAAGAUUUUAGUUUGAAGAGAAUGGCAAUAUUUUUGGUGCUUGGGGAACUGUUAGAAACCAUUGACAAGUUCUUUCUUAGAAUGACUUUGACCUUCUCUUCUUUUAACGUUCCCCAUUUUUUUUCUACCCUUAAAUUUGACACAGUGUGAAUGUUCCUCAAUCUCAAAAAUUUUUCUGUCCAUCAGUUUCAGGAAAUAAUUCUAUGCAACAAACUAUAAAUUUCUCCCAGUCUUCCAAAUUUACUAUUCAGGCUACAAAAUGUUCCUAUCCCUCUGCUUCACCUUUAAUUAAAAAUUACCACACGGUAAUUGAAGAAACCUCAAAAGACCAAUGAACCUACUGCCACAUAAUCUCAAAAAAAUUAAUUACUCUCUUCUGUAGAGUGCACAAAAUUCUCUCUUCACCCAUAUCACCAAGAAAAAGAAAAGAAAAGACAUAAUCAAAGUAUCCACCUUUCCACGUGUCGCGUGAUCAAAGAUCGAAGGCGUCCGAUUACAGGAGAGCUUAACGGGCCUUAACGGUACGGGGUUCGAUCAGUUAGCAAACAGCUCGUGUAGGAGUUGACGUGUAUAUCGGGGUGGUGCUUGGAUGGUGCUGAACGAGAUGACGUUCGUGAUGCAAAUAAGAUUAAAUAAGGUGACCAAAAGAAAAAAAAAUAAAUAAAUAAAGAAACGAAAAAAAAAAUCGAAGACGAA